CAUUGCAUCAGAACAGGUUUCCACACAAAUUAAAUUACAAUCCCAUCUCGAUAUAAAUAAACAUAAGUUAAAAAAACACAUCAUUCAACAACAAACCAUGAAAAAGUGCACACUUUUCCUUUUCCUCCUAGUACUAGCUUUCGGCGAAAAUGCCAAGCUACCCUCAACGUUCAAAAAAUGCGACCAAAGCAAAAGCGACUUGAACUCAUGCCUCACAGCCGCGAUCAAAAACGCCAUGGAACAGCUGACCGAGCCCAUCAAAGAGGUGGGCCUGCCCAGCAUGGAGCCCCUGGAGGUCCCGUCGCUGGUCAUAGGGGCUGGCACCGGCCCUGUCCAGUUCCAGCAAAACUACAAGAAUUUGAAAAUUUCCGGAUACACCAAAAUCGAUCAGCUGGAGGCCACUUUCAAAGACAACCAUCUCAAAAUCGCUGUGGUUUUCCCCGAAAUUAAGCUGGUGUUCGAGUAUGAGAUCAAUGGGCGCAUCCUGGUGCUGCCCAUCAGCGGCAAAGGGCCGGGGGCGAUCACCAUGGUUAAGCCGAAGUUCGUCAUCGAUUUUCCGCUCGAAGAGUACGAGAAGAACGGGACAAAGUACUACAAAGUGGGCAAGGAGACGUUGUCAAUGCAGCCGCAAAAAAUGCACUUUGAGUUGGAGAAUUUGUUCAAUGGUGAUAAGCUUCUGGCGAGUAAUGUGCUGCAAAUAAUGAAUGAUAACUGGAAGGAGGUUUAUGGGGACGUGCAGGCGAGCUAUGAGGAGGCUUUCGGCAAAAUAUUUACCUCCAUUUUUAAUAAUUUCUUAAGUAAAGUGCCAAAAUCUGACUUGUUUGAUGGCAAAACCCCAAACAAUUACAGCGUUACAACAAUUUUGCAAACACCUAAUUGGAUUAUUAAACCAAAUUACUUAUCCUUCUGGGAACAAUUAGUGUCACAAUUUCAAAUUGCAAAUAAUGUAAUUACACCACUUUUAAAACUAAGUAUAAGAGUCGAAACCAAAUUUUUUCAUUACUUGCAAAAACGCCACAAAAUGAACAGUUUCGCACUUUUUUCCCUCCUUUUGAUACAUUUCUGCAACAGUGUCAAACUUCCCCCGAGUUUCGAAAAAUGUGACUUGAGGGACAACAAUUACAACCAGUGUUUGUCCAAAGCGAUAAAAAACGCCAUCCAACAACUGACCAUUCCCAUGGAGGCCAUGGGUUUGCCCGAUCUGGACCCACUUGAAAUCCCAUCGAUGGUCAUAGGCGCUGGUAAUGGAGCGGUUCAAUUCCAGCAAAACUACUUCAAUAUCACAAUCACUGGCUUGACAAAACUUGCCUCACUUGACGCCAAUUUAGACUUGGGGCCCAAACGCCUAAUCCUGGACCUACGCUACCCCCAAGUCCAAAUGGACUUCGACUACGAAAUAAGCGGCAAAAUCCUGCUCUUGCCGAUCUACGGCAAAGGCCCAGGCUCUAUCACAUUCUUGGGGAAUCCCCGAUUUAUCCUCACUUUCGAAAUGGCCGAGUUCGAAAAACGCAAAAAAAAGUUUAUGACAGUGACCAACGCCACGUUAUCGAUGGAACCGCAGUUAAUUCAAUUUCACCUCGAAAAUUUAUUCAAUGGUGAUAAGGCUUUGGGCGAUAAUGUGGUCCAAGUGAUGAACGAUAAUUGGAGAGAAGUUUUUUCCGACGUCAGGCCGAGUUAUGAAGAGGCUUUCAGCCAAAUCUUUGCCGCUAUUUUCAACAAUCUCUUACGCAAAGUACCGAUAGUUGAUUUGUUCGACGGUUGGGAUUUGUAAAAUAAAGUUAGUCAUAGUUCUGAA